CUACAGAAAAUCACAGCACCCCUUAUCUAUGCUGUUUCCAUUGCUGCCAUUGGAUCUCUCCAGUUUGGGUACAACACUGGUGUCAUCAAUGCUCCUGAGAAGAUCAUCCAGGGUUUCUUCAACAGAACCUUGUCAGAACGGAGUGGAGAGGCUGUCUCCCCAGAGCUCCUCACCUCUCUGUGGUCCCUUUCUGUGGCCAUCUUCUCGGUAGGAGGUAUGGUCGGCUCCUUCUCGGUCAGCUUGUUCGUCAACAGAUUUGGCAGGAGGAACUCCAUGCUGCUGGUGAACAUCUUGGCCUUUGCUGGUGGCGCUUUCAUGGCCUUCUCUAAGAUGGCAAAGGCGGUGGAGAUGCUGAUUAUUGGCCGCUUCAUUAUUGGCCUCUUCUGUGGUCUCUGCACUGGCUUUGUGCCCAUGUACAUCAGUGAGGUCUCGCCCACCAGCCUGCGUGGAGCCUUUGGCACCCUCAACCAGCUCGGCAUUGUUGUGGGCAUUCUGGUGGCCCAGAUCUUUGGCCUGGAGGGAAUCAUGGGGACCGAAGCACUUUGGCCACUGCUUUUGGGGUUCACUGUCCUCCCAGCAAUCCUGCAGUGUGUGGCUCUUCUUUUCUGCCCUGAGAGCCCCCGUUUCCUACUGAUCAACAAGAUGGAGGAAGAGAAAGCACAAGCAGUUCUCCAAAAGCUCCGUGGUACACAAGAUGUGUCUCAAGACAUCCAGGAGAUGAAAGAAGAAAGUGCUAAAAUGUCCCAGGAAAAGAAAGCAACUGUGCCAGAACUCUUCCGUUCUCCAAACUACCGUCAAGCCAUUAUCAUUGCCAUCAUGCUGCAGCUCUCCCAGCAGCUCUCAGGCAUCAAUGCUGUAUUUUAUUAUUCUACUGGGAUUUUUGAAAGAGCUGGUAUCACACAGCCUGUGUAUGCCACCAUUGGAGCUGGGGUGGUAAACACAGUCUUCACUGUUGUGUCGCUGUUCCUGGUGGAGCGUGCGGGGCGCAGAACCCUCCAUUUAGUUGGUUUGGGUGGCAUGGCUGUGUGUGCCGUUCUCAUGACCGUCGCUUUAGCUCUGAAGGACAUUGUGGAGUGGAUCAGAUACAUCAGCAUUGUUGCCACUUUUGGCUUUGUGGCUCUUUUUGAGAUUGGCCCUGGCCCUAUCCCCUGGUUCAUCGUGGCAGAACUCUUCAGCCAGGGCCCACGGCCUGCAGCCAUGGCAGUGGCUGGUUGUUCUAACUGGACUUCUAAUUUCCUGGUGGGAAUGCUCUUCCCCUAUGCAGAGAAACUAUGUGGCUCCUAUGUGUUCCUCAUCUUCCUUGUUUUCCUGGUCAUCUUCUUUGUCUUCACAUUCUUCAAAGUGCCGGAGACCAAGGGCAGGACUUUUGAAGACAUCUCCAGGGGCUUUGAAGGACGAGCAGACAGCAGCCCCACAUCACCUGUAGAGAAGAACCCCAUGGUGGAGCUGAACAGCAUAAAACCUGACAAAGAAGUUGCCUAAGAUUCAUGCCACACCCAUUCUUCGACUCCUACAUGCACAAAGAGUCAUUAAAGGAAUGAGCAAAGAAAA